AUGGCAGUACCAAAGCAGGAGCGCUUAAUACUUUUUGACUUUGAUGAUGAAGAAGAUGAUGAUAUAAACUUUACUGAGAACGAUCUUUCUGAAGAAAAGAGCCCAGCACUUGACAAGGAUGAGGAUAAAUCAUCUUCUGUAGAAACAGAUGAAGAUAUGGGGCUAAAGGUUUACAAUAAGUAUUACCAGCAGUUUAUGGAUCUGUUUAAGCAGUGGGACUUGGAUAAGCAGAGAUGUGAAAAAGAGCGAGACAACCUAAUUGUUGGUUGGUGGCAAUCCCAACAUUGUACAACUUGUACCACCUUGUACAGUGGAUGCUUUCAUGGGAAGAACAUGUCUGAAGAAACAUCGCAAGAACAUCAUAUAGAUAACUCCAAAUUCAAGUCUAUUCAGGGAGUUGUGACCUCUCUGUGUAAUGACUAUGGCUGGAUUAAUGAAACCAUCUUCUUCAAUACCGAUGUAAUCAGUGACAAUGUGCUUCUGAACAUAGGGACAAAUGUCCUUGCACUUGUGGAAAAAAAACCAAGAAAUCAUAUCUUCAAAGCAAUCAAGGUGAAAGCUAUGAAUAAUCUUCCUGAGGGCAGUGAGCCAUCAAAACUUGGCAGAAGGCUUUGUAUCAAAUGUGUCACCUCCAUAACUGAAGACAACAUCUAUAUCAGCAAGGACACGUUUUUCCCGUUAUGCAUGUUUUCUGGAGGAUUCAGGCCAUUCAAUGGAGAUUUGCUGCUGGUUGAGUAUUCCAUGAACCCGGGCACUUCAAACAUGAAUAUCCACUCUGCGAGCCCCCUCAACUCUCAGAAUAUGGAAGAGGUCUGUGUUACCAGCAUUGAUGGAAGAAAUGGCAUGGUGGAAUCUACCAUUUUUUUUACCCUCGAUUCUCUCCACAUACCUUCUGGGUAUAUACCAGGAUUAUACGACAUAGUGGAUGUUGUUGCUGUGGACACUAUGCAACCACACUGUUCUUGGAGAGCAGUAUCAAUGACCCCACUGGAAAUGGUGAACUAACCAGACCUUGUCAUUCAUUUUCAGACUUCUGUCUGUGGUCAUGGUGUAAUA